UUUUCGUCAUACUGUCAUUCAAAGAAAAUUUGUCCCACAAACACCAUUAGUCUUUAUCUUCCAUGGUAAACUUUGGUAUGGUUAAUCCAUUUCCUAGUUUUCUUAAUAUUAUCAACUCUGAGAUGCAGGAGCCAAUAAUUAACACAUAUACCAACUUUAGAGAUGAUGUGCUUCCCCGCAUUAAAAGACUUGGAUAUAAUGCUAUUCAAAUCAUGGCUAUUCAAGAGCACUUGUAUUAUGCUAGAUUUGGGUAUCAUGUGACAAACUUGUUUGCACCAAGCAGCCAUUUUGGAACCCGUGAUGAUCUUAAGUCACUGAUAAAUAGGGUUCACAAGUUGGGUCUACUUGUUCUUAUGGAUAUUGUGCACAGAUGGAUUGAACAUGUUUGAUGGAACCGAUGCUCAUUACUUCCACUCGAGGUCAAAGGGUCACCAUUGGAUGUGGGAUUCUUUCCUUUUUAAUUAUGGUACUAAGGUUUCUUCUUUCAAAUGCAAGAUGGUGGCUGGACGAAUACAAGUUUGAUGGGUUCAGAUUUGAUGGUGUGACUUCAAUGAUGUACACCCAUCAUGGGUUGCAG